GUUGCAUCUCGUUCAUAAACGAAAAGCAAUGGAGUUGGUAACAUUGUUGCUGAUGGUAUGGAUGGGUCUUAGCCAUCUUUCUCUUGGAUCCACCAAGCCCAAACAUCCAGUACCAACUUACUUCUAUAGAUAUCAUCCAAAUGGAAGUAUUGUUGAUCAAAAUCACCCCGACACUCGGCUGAAGUUCUUGGACAAUGCUAGAGAAAUUCCAACUACGUUGUCACAGCCUUCAGCUUCUUUGAAGGUCUUUCCUCCCUUGAUCGAUAAUGCUGAAUUGGUUAACGUAUCUUGGAAUGGUGUUUCCUUUCCAACCGAGAUAGACUACAUUGCUCUUUACUGUCCAAUUGACGACAAACCAAAUAGAUAUCUAGAUUACGUUGAGGUUAAAAACUAUCCCACAUAUUUAAUGGGGUAUGGCUCGUUUCAAGUUCGUUUAUACAACAUGAGAACGGACUGUCAGUUUAGGUAUUACAGAUCAGGAGCGAGCCUUAUUACUGUGAGUAAUGUCGUAAAAUUUAAAGGAGGACCUGAAGCGCCUUUACAAGGUCAUAUAUCACUAACUGGUGAUCCAACACAAAUGAGAAUUAUGUGGGUUUCCGGUGCUGAUGUUGAGCCUGUGGUAUACUACACGUUAGAGAAAGAUGGUCCAUUAAUGAAAAAGACAGGAACAUUCAAAACAUAUAAAGCUAGCGACAUGUGUGAUUCAUUAGCUAAUUCAACUGGCUUCAGGGAUCCUGGCUUUAUCCAUGAUGUAUUGCUUACAGAUCUGAAACCAUUUACUGUUUAUUAUUAUCAAUAUGGAUCUAACUUGGGUAUGAGCAAGCUUACCAAGUUCAGGACACCUCCCAUCCCAAACGCAGAUGAGGCCUUCAAAUUCAUAGUUUAUGGAGACAUGGGUGUGUCCCCCCCUCCUCGUGCAACCACAACAGCACAGUAUUGUAUCAAUGAAGUUGAGAAAAAUAAUGCCACUUUUGUUGUACAUAUUGGAGAUAUCUCAUAUGCUGUAGGCCAUGCCUACUUAUGGGAGCAAUGGCCUGAUCUAAUCCAGCCAUAUGCAACUAGAGUGCCUUACAUGGUAGGAAUUGGUAACCAUGAGUAUGAUCAUGAGCGCGGUGGUGAAAAAGACCCUAGCGGUGCUCGUGGACAAGGCUUUCAUCCUUGGUUCGCAACUGGAUUGUAUCAUUCUGACUCCGGAGGAGAAUGUGGAGUACCAAUGUUCAACCGUUUCCAUAUGCCAGAAAAUGGACAUUCGCUCUGGUGGUAUAGCUUUGAUUAUGGUAGUGUACAUAUCAUUAUGAUGAGCACCGAGCAUGACUUUUUGCCAACUUCGGAACAAUACAAGUGGAUAGAAAAUGACCUGCGCAAUGUGAAUCGAAGCGUUACUCCCUGGGUUAUGAUAACUGGACACAGACCAAUGUAUUCCAGCCAAAAAUACAUCUGGGAUUACAUGCUUUCCAGAGGCAUGCAGCACUUCAUGGAAGAGAUGCUACACAAGUACAAAGUGGACCUUGGCCUUUGGGCUCAUUAUCACAGCUAUGAAAGAACCUGUCCUGUUUACAAAAGCAAAUGCACAGAGAAUUCAACGAUUCAUAUCGUAGUUGGCACAGCAGGCAAGGAAUUUGAUUCCAAUCCGUACAUGGAUAUGGACUGGUCGGUCUACAGGGAGAUUGAAUGGGGUUAUGGCAGAAUAACGGUGAACGGCAAGAAAUCAUUGUUGUGGGAAUGGAUAAGAAAUAAAGACAAUGUUGUUGCUGACAAAGUUUUGCUGACAAAAUACUAAUGAUGGCAGUAGUUUAUAGAGAUCGCCUUUACUAACUAUCAAAUGGCAUUAAAGUUGGUCGUAUCAUCAUUA